GGAACUCCUGCCCGAGCAAAAUAUGUACACCCUGUAAAAAUUCCCCUGAGGGAAGGAGAAGGUCCUGUGUGUGUCAAACAAUAUCCUCUGAAGAAAGCCACUCGAAUAGGCUUGAAGCCACUAAUUGAAAAAUUUAAGAGGUAUGGGUGGUUAAUAGAGGGAUCAUCCCCCUUUAACACCCCAAUCUUGGGUGUACCCAAAGCAGAUGGAAUCUCUUUUAGGCUGGUACAAGACUUAAGGGCCAUAAACAAAAAGAUUUUAGUGGACCACCAUACAGUCCCAAAUCCCCACACCAUCUUAACCCAGGUUCCAGCGGAUGCUGAGGUAUUCUCUGUGCUAGAUUUAAAAGAUGCUUUCUUCUCUAUUCCACUACAUGAAGAUAGUCAGAAAUUGUUUGCCUUUGAAUGGGAUGGGAGCUGACAUGGAGAUACACACUCCACAUGGGGUUCCCCAGAUUCUCGGAGGAGAAGGAGGGAAAUUUUUGAACCCCUCCAGACAAUCGAGAUAUGAAAUCUUUCUUUUAUCUAAUCCAGGUCUUACCUUCAAGCACACCACUGCCUUAAAUCCAGCGACUCUACUGCCGGAGCCGGGGCCUCCAGGUCAUGAUUGUUUAGAAGUAUUGACACAGACAGCACUAAUUCGCCCUGAUUUGAAUGAUGACCCAACUGAGAACCCGGAGGAGGAAUUCUUUGUAGAUGGUUUGAGCAGUGUGAUACAGGGUGUGCGAUAUACCGGAUGUGCUGUGGUGACAUGGACAGAAACGGUAUGGAAAGAAAAGCUCCCUGCGACAUGGUCAGCACAGGCAGCGGAGCUCAUGGCCCUAACUUGUGCACUAGAAUUGGGAAAAGAUAAAAGGUCUGUUUUGUCUUCUCUACACAGGUUUGCUGCAUCCUUCCAGAGCCUUCCGCUUGAUGCACCAGCCCACAACUUCAAACCGGGUACAGAAGUGGAAAAAAGAUCCUCUUGCGGAAAAGUGGGAAGGACCCUAUCAGGUGUUGCUGACUACGCACACGGCUGUCCGCUUAUCAAACAGCGACAAGUGGACCCACUAUUCAAGAGUGAAGCCUUUUCAUCCGGAGGACACCAACUCCCAGGGUGUGGUCACCCCGGAAGCUGACAACACCCGGGAACAAGAAGCCGACAAGUGGACAAGUGAACCAGUAGGAGAUCUGAAGUUACGUUUACACAAAUGUGGACUCUAAUCUAUUUUUUUGGCUACCGUGCAUCAUGACCCUUCUGAGACGGACUGUUCAAUCAGUUGUUAACCGUGAAAUGUUUGUACACUAUCAGAAAUUGGCUAUUGCAGACACUUAUUAAAAAUUUAGAGUAAGAAAGCAUCUGAGGGGGGAGUUGUAGUAAAAAGACGUUAGCCCCCAUAAUUUUGCAGUAAUGCUUGAGCAACAACCGUAUGAUAGAAGUGUCUUAUGACCAUCUUAUGACCCUUUUGUGUAAAGAUCAGGAGGUCUAAUGUCCAAGCUGUGGUUCUUACUGCUUGCCUUGCAUUUUGAAAUCAUCUCUGUC